AUGGAGGGCGCAGGCACCGCUGUCCGAGGAGCAGAGAUGGGCCCGAGGGGCGCAGCCGCGGCGGCCGUGGCGCUGUGGGUCUUGCUGACGGCGGGCGAGGCGGCGGACCCUGGCGUGGCGACGCCCCGGCGCUGCCUCCUGUCACACUACCGCUCGCUGGACCCCAGGGCGCUGGCGGCCGUCAAGGCGCUGAGGGACCGCUACGAGGAGGAGACGCUGAGCUGGAGGCCGCGCAACUGCUCCUUCCGCCCGAGGAGGGAUCCUCCGCGGCCCUGGUCGUGCGCGCGCCUCCGCCUCGUGGUCCGGGGCCUGGCGGACGCCCAGGCGGUGCUGAGCCGCCUGCAGAGCCCCGAGCGGUUCCCCGUCCGGGCUUUGGUCUGCGGCCGGGAGGGUGACGGGCAGAGUCCCCGGGACACUCGGUUCUUCGCCGUCUCCAUGUCCCUCGUGUUCCCCCUGCAGCUCGAGCUGGUGCGGCCAGGCUCGUGGAGGAAGUCCCUGCGGCCACCGAGGAGGCGUCCCCAAACACGGAGAGCUGACUCGCCUCGGUGCCACGAAGCCAGCGUCAUCUUCAGCCUCCUGCGCCUGCUCACGUGGGACCUGAAGCUGGUGGCGAACUCGGGGCCUUGUCUCUGA